CAUAUAUGUAACUGAUAAAGUACUUAAUAAUUAUUAUAUCAUGUACUUGUGUUAUCUUGUAGUAUAAAUAUCAACUCUUUAAUUAAUGAAUUGACCACGAAGCUAAUUUCAUGAAGAGUCUAGCAAAAUGGUGAAAAUAAACGAUAAAAAUAACGUUGCAAGAAUAAUGGAUGAUUGCAAGAUCCAUAUGGAGGAAUCAGAAAAAUUGCUGGAACCCGAGAAAUCGCGGAACGUGCAAAUGUGCAUCGAAUUCAACGAUCUUUGUUAUUCAGUUCGUCGCAAAGAGACUGAAAAAGCAAUCUUACAUAAUGUAACGGGCUACUUCGAAUGGAGGAAAGUCACGGUGAUAAUCGGUCCUUCCGGUGCGGGAAAGACCACUCUGCUGAAAAUCAUAUCUGGCAAACGAUUGACGGAUAUUAAGGGCAGCAUUACCAUAAACGGCGUUGAACGAAAUAAAGGGACAUUUCGGAAACAGGUGUGCUACGUACCGCAACAAUUGGCUCUAUUACCGUUCCUCACAACUAGAGAAACUCUUUAUAUAGCGGCUCGACUGAAACUUGACAUUAAUCAAAACAAAGAAGCGAUUUGUUCAAUUGUAAACGAUAUAGCAGAAACUCUCAGUUUAUCAAAUUGUCUGGACACAUUAGCGAACAAAUUAAGUGGUGGCGAACAAAAAAGACUCUCUAUCGGCGUGGAAAUAAUUGCUAAACCAUCUAUUCUAUUAUUAGACGAACCAACAAGCGGUCUCGAUAGUGUGGCCUCUUAUCAGCUCGUUAACACGCUGCAUAAUAUGUCGAGAGCAAAUUGCACUGUGAUUUGUGCAAUACAUCAACCCAGUAGUCAAAUAAUUUCGCUCUUCGAUGACAUUAUGGUAUUGAGUCAAGGCAGAAGUAUGUACUGCGGUCCAAAGAGCGAGAUUUUAAAGACGUACAACGUUGCCGGGUUCACGUGUCCCAACUUCUAUAACAUAGCCGAAUUUGUGCUCGAAGUAAUAACCGAGCAAAGAGGUGGUGACUUGGAGAAUCUAUACAAAAUUUGUCGUGAUGAAUGCGAAAAAUUCAAAUUACAUAGCAGACAUAAUAAAAACAAAUUGAAUUCAUCAAUUGACUCCAAGCAAAAAUGUGAAACAAAUGAUACAAAUACACUAAUAAACAAUAUAAUACAAGAAAAAUCGACGUGGCAACAGCAAAAAAUUUUAUUUUUACGAGCUCUAAUCUAUAUAAAACGAGAUACAGUCUUAACAAAAAUAAGAUUUAUGACGCACAUCGGUGUCGCGCUGAUAUUAGGGAUAGUUUUCUAUAAUUUUGGUGACAAUGCGGAAAAAGUGAACAGUAAUAUCGCUUGCUUGUUUUUUUUUCUGUUAUUUUUAUUCUUUGUGAAUGCCGAACGGACAGUACAAACGUUUCCCAUAGAAGCGGCAGUAUUUUUAAAGGAACAUUUAAAUAAUUGGUAUUCUUUGAGAUCUUAUUAUAGUGUAAAAAUAAUAACGGAUCUCGUGAUGCAAAUACUUUGUACAUCAGCCUUCGUGUUUAUAUCAUAUUAUAUGACAGGACAGCCAAUGGAAUAUGAUAGAAUUCUAAAGACGUGGAGCAUUUGUCUGUUAAUUAUGAUGCUUGGACAAACAAUCGGGAUAAUUGCAGGCACAACGUUUGGUACUGAGUUAGGUAUGUUUUUAAUAUCGGCAACUCAUAUACCAUUAUUACUCUUCGCUGGAUUUUUUACAAAAAUAGAAGAAAUGUCACCAUAUUUGCAGCCUUUAUGUGUUAUAAGCUAUUUCAGAUAUGCAUUUGAAGGGAUAAUGCAAGCGAUCUAUCUUGACCGACCGAAACUGAAGUGCUUGGAAAUUUACUGUCACUUACGUUCACCAAGCAAGAUUCUCUCAAUGACGGACAUGCCAACAGUACCGUUUUAUGUAAUUCCAAUAAUACUUAGCUCUUGGAUACUCUGUUUACACGCGGUCCACUAUAUAGUACUUCAUUGGAAAAUUUAUUAUGCAAAAAAAUAACGAGUAAAAUUAAUAUUCUCAAAAAGUAAACGAGUAAAAUUAAUAUUCUCAAGAUAUCUCAAAUAAAAAAAUUACUUAUUGAACAAAUUCUAUCUGCAAUAUAGUAUAUCAAGAGAAUUUCAAGAGAAAU